ACCGUUGCCAUUAGAGAGAAGAAAUCAGAAUUAGAAAACCCUAACAUCAAAUUCUAGUGAAGAGACCGAAAGGAGUUUGAAUGUCUCAACUGGCGGAACAUUUGGUAUCCAUUUUCGGUUACGGAAAAGUAUAGAGUGAAUCAUUUCUACUUCCUAGCGUUGAUGAUAUGGUUGAUAUUAUUAAUCCCCAUAAGAUUUGAGAAUACUUUGAGUUGAUUUGAAAUGAGUGUGAUAAGCGAUAAGACUGGAAACAUUAUAGACCCUUGUAACGACAAGGCUAUUGUAGUUAAGAGCGAUGCCUCUAAAUCUAGGAUUCAGAAUAGCAUAUCAUCUGGGUCAUCUGAAUCUGGUGCAGCUGGGCGUACCGAUAAUGUAGAUGAUAAUUUCGAUGACAGCAAUGUUACUCCGAAAAAUAAUGUUAAACCAUCUUCAAAUAGGCCACGUGCCUCCAAAUCAAGACGACGUGGCUCGAAAUCGCCACCGAAUGCUCCCAGUACAACACCAAUGUUUCUUCCUCCUCUACCAUGGUUGCCCGACAACUCUGGUUUUGCUUCCGAUUCGGGGAAUCAGGUGGCAACCUCCAUCCGCAGAACGUUUGAGAAACAUCAAGAUCCCAAUGGAUGGGCAUGGAGGCACCUAUCGAGGGAAACGAUAGAGAUCUAUUGGCAGGAGUUUCAAAAACAAUGGUCUUGGAAUCCUGCCAUUACUAGUAUAGUCCAAAGGGAGUGGGAAAAGAAGGCAAAAGUUCGCUAUAAGGACCUAAUCUUCAUCCAUAGGAGGACAUACGAGGCCGACAAUACCUACAAGCCCACCUGGGCUACUACAACCUUAUGGAAUUCCUGGAUCGCAGGCUGGAAUUCCGCCGAGUGCAGUGCCCAGCGCACAAGGAAUGCAACCAAUCGGCGAAGGGGAAAGGCGGAGAGAAAUGCUGAGUCCACCCAUACAGGUGGCUCAGUUUCCCAUCUUAGGACAUUGCGUGUUUUGGAAAAAGAAAAUCGACGAGCUCCUACUUCGUACGAGCUGUUUACUCGUACCCAUCGGGUGCGAACCAAAGAUGGGUUGCAGUGGGUCAACGAUAAAGCACAGAUGAUUCAUGAUGAAUAUACUCGCCGAAUAGCUGCUUUACCAGAAGAGGCGCAUGUGGAUGAUCUAAAUGCCAUUUAUUUGGACGUUGUUCAGAACAUCGAAUCAGAGGCUCCAAAGAAGAAGUCAAAGAAAGCGGUCUAUGGCGUGGGCUCUGCGGCGCAGCACUUAUACGCCGACAUUGUAGCGCCUCAGUCACAAUAUACUACUACUCCACCUCCACAAGUGAACUUAGAUGAGCGCCUCUCGCAAAUCGACGAGAGAAUACAGAGGAUGGAGGAUGACCUUAGCCGAACAAUGAAACAAGAGCAGAUAACUACACUAAUCGAGGAACAGCGCAAGUUGCGGGAGGACGUCAACCAUCUGCUUCGAUUCAUUGCUACCUGUUUUCAGAAGUAUGAGCCCCCACCACCACCAUCGUCGCCAAAGUAGAUAAUUUUAGUAUAUAUUGAACAGUUUUAUUUUGUUUUGGGGUGUUCGAAAAAACAGACACGACUCACCUGAUCUGUUGACCAAAAGCUUUAAUGACGGGCCUAUGUUAAAAGAAAAUGGAAACUUUCGGGUUGAGUCAUGGGCCUUAUGCUAAUUAUUGUCGGGUAUCUAUUGACCCGUUUCAAAUAUGGAGGAUUUUGUAAGUGGCUAAGCAUAGGUUACAGUAGUAUUCCAUUAUUCCAUACAAAGAUUCCAUGAUCAUCACUUUUUCACUAACAUUUUUGGGAUUUGUUUUUGUUAAGGUCAACUGUCCAACUCAUAUAACAUGCAGAAUAGGCAUAGCCAGUGCCCAAUAGCAAGAUCUAACCCAAAUAGCCAAAUCAAGCUUUAAGCCUAAAUUAGUACU